GACAUCGACAACCAGUGGUCGUGCGCUAUCUGUCGGUGUUAUUGUCCUGUGUGUGCACUAGCUCACGGUGCAGGCUUUUACAUCGGGAACUGUCGAGACCGGAACCGAUGCUGGUACAAAAUUAAACUAUGAUUCGAAUCGCUGCACUGAACGCCUCAUCGGUUACCCCUGACGACCAUGGGGACCCCCUGACCAGCUACAAAAGCCAGACCAAGGAAGCUCAGGAAGCGGAGGCAUUUGCCCUGUACCACAAAGCCUUGGAUCUGCAGAAACAUGACCGGUUUGAGGAAUCAGCCAAGGCGUAUCAUGAGCUCCUCCAAACUCCGCUGCUCAAGGAGGCUGUUCCCUCAGAGGAUGAGCAGGCAGGCCUGAGACACACCGGCCUUAUGCUCAAGUACUCCACCUACAAGAACCUGGGCAACCUGGCCGCGCAGCGGGGCGACCUGGAGAUCGCCAUGGAGUUCUAUCUAGAGGCCGUGCUGCUGGACUCCACGGAUGUCAACAUGUGGCACAAGAUCGGCCUGGUGGCGGUGCGUCUGGUGCGGGUCUCGCUGGCCCGGCACGCCUUCGAGGAAGGUCUACGCUGCAAUCCGGAUCACUGGCCCUGCCUGGAUAACCUCAUCACCGUGCUCUACACGCUUAGCGACUACAACUGCUGUCUGUACUUCAUCUGCAAGGCCCUGGAGAAGGAUCCCUGCUACAGCAAGGGCCUGGUGCUGAAGGAGAGGAUCUUCCAAGAGCAGCCUUGCCUCCGGAGGGACUCGUUCCAGAUGUUCCUCAAGUGUGAUAUGUCCAUUCACUCGGCGGAGGUGGAUGAGGAGGAGGCCAGUGCCAUCGUGGAAGAGGGGCUUGAGCUGCGUCGCCGGCGGCAACAGGCGCUGUCCAUGCAGGAGCCCAAGCCAGACUUGACCCUGGUCCAGCCUAUCACGUCCUACACGUGGAUGUGUGUGGGAGAGAGCCUGCUGGCCAUGUACCGGUACCAGACCACCUGCGAGCCGCCCCGACCCAGCCUGGGCCGCAGGAUCGACCUGUCGGAGUACCGCGACCCUGACACCCCCCCCGCCCUUCCUCCGGCCUUCACCCCAGUCAGCGUGAUUCAGACGCUGUCCAGCGCCACCACCAGCCCGUCCCUGCCACCCCCACCCACCGUGGACCAGCUGGUCCCCACCCACAUCCCCACCUUCCCUCACAAUGGCCAGAGUCAAACACCGCUAGAGGCGGCACCCACAGCGCCCCCACUAGGACUGGACCCCUCCCUGUGUGACAAGGCGAAGAAGCCCCCCAAGCGGAAGCGCGUGGUGGAGGAUAGCGGGGAGACAGCCAAGCGGCGCUCGGCACGCGUCAGGAACACCAAGUGCAAGAAGGAGGAGAAGAUCGACUUCCAAGAGCUGCUGCUCAAGUUCCUACCCUCCAGGCUGAAAAAGUUUGAGCUGGAGGACGACGAGGAGAGCCUGGGCACCUAUGAGACCCAGUCGGAGGUGAAGCCAGACUCCCAGCUGACCAGCGGCGUCGGCAGCCUGCACUUUGACGCUGUGAUGGUCAUGGAGUCAGAGCGCCAGGAUGUGCACGGCUUCCUCCUUGACAACCAGCAAAACGGCGGCAUCCUGGAGCUGAUGAUGCGCUACCUCAAGGCAGUGGGCCGGCGGUACCUGCAGGAGUGGCCCCCCGGGCUAUCCACCGUGGUGCUCGAUGUAUACUACUGCUGGAGGAGCCACAGCAUUGGGCUGCCCAACCCACUACUCAGGGACUGCAGUGACCAGCACAUCCGAGAUAUGAUGGUGAUGAGCCUCUCGUGCAUGGAGCUGCAGUUGGAGCGAUGGUCACUGACCAAGGGCAAAACUGUGUCCCCGCGGAAGGGUCCGGUAGGCCCCGACGGCGAGCAGGUCCUCUUCCCGGGGCCCAGCUUCCAGGGGGACCUGCUGCAGCUGGCGCUGGCUUCCUCGCAGCGGGACCUCUUCGGGGACAGGUGGCUGGCCUACCUGGUGCGAGUCUACUGGCUCAAAGCUCGCUUUCUGGCCCUACAGGGCGACAUGGAGCAGGCGGUGGACAGCUACGACACCUGUGCUGAGAUGCUGCAGAGUCCAUCGGCCAGACAGGCAGCAGGCGGCGAGGGCCGCAAGUACACCAUCUACCUGCCCAAUCUGCACAUGGAUGGGACCAUCUCUGUGGAUGAGAUCGACAAGAAGCUGAAGUCCCUGGAGCGCUGCCAGUCCCUGGAGGAGAUUCAGCGGCUCUUCGAAGCCGGUGACUAUGGUUCUGUCGUGCGUCUGCUGCGGCCGACGCUGAGCUCAGUCUCCGCCCGGGUCAAGGCCCUGGAGUUCGCUAGCUCCGUCCCCGAGAGACCCGCUCAGUUGCUGCUGUUGCAGAACUCCCUGCUGCGACAAGAGGACCUGGCGCAGUGCUUGGAGUGCUCAGAGGUGGCGCUGCACGAGGCCGUGCAGCAGCUCAGCAGUUUCUCCCCACCUUCCUCCUCUUCCUCCUCCGCCCGGGACGAGUGGGCAGCAGCCAUCACGCACAUGCUGGAGGGCAUCGAGCUCUGCUUCUCACGGGACCCCCAGCUGCUCAGCACCCCGCCGCGGGCCGCCAGCCUGGCUCGGCUAACGGGGAACCUCAUUCAGCUGAUUGACUACAGCAUGUCGCAGCUGGAUGACCUCAAGGAGGCGCACUUCUCCUCCGUGCUGCCCUGGAUCAUUCUGUACCGCAUCAUCAAGCAGGAGGAGGCCGCCUUCGACUCCUUGCUGCGGCAGCACAUUCCUGCUCAAGACGAGGACGACGACCCCGACCGGCCCAUGCUGCCCUCCUCCCUGAUGCUGCUCAACACGGCCCAUGAAUACCUGGGCCGACGCUCCUGGUGCUGCAACUCGGACGGGGCGCUUCUCAAGUUCUAUGUGCGGGUGCUACAGAAAGAGCUGGCAGCCUCCAUGGGCGAGGACACUCACCCCUACAAGGAGGAGCUGGAGACGGCCCUGGAGCAGUGCUUCUACUGCCUGUAUGCCUACCCUAGCAAGAAGAGCAAGGCGCGCUACCUGGAGGAGCAUUCGGCCCAGCAGGUGGAGCUGCAGUGGGCCGAUGCGCUCUUCAUGUUCGAGUACUUCAAGCCCAAGACGCUGCCGGAGUUCGACAGCUACAAGACGAGCACGGUGUCGGCAGACCUGUCCAACCUGCUGAAGCGCAUAUCCACCAUCGUGCCGCGUGGCGAAGGCCCCGCCCUCACCGUCGAUGAAGUGUCCGCCUACAUCGAGGGCAGCACGGACAAGGUUCCGUGCCUCCCCCAGGGAGCUGCUCCGGCGCCCCCUCUGGUGAACGAGCUGUACUACCUUCUGGCUGACUAUCACUUCAAGAACAAGGAGCAGUCCAAGGCCAUAAAAUUCUACAUGCACGACAUCUGCGUGUGCCCAAACAGGUUUGACUCGUGGGCCGGUAUGGCGCUGGCCCGCGCCAGCCGCAUCCAGGAUAAGCUGAACUCCAACGAGCUGAAGAGCGACGGGCCCGUCUGGAAGCACUCCAUGGCCGUGCUGAGCUGCUUCCGGCGCGCCCUGGAGAUCGACGGCUCCAACCUGUCGCUGUGGAUCGAGUACGGCACCAUGUCCUACGCCCUGCACUCCUUCGCUUCCCGCCAGCUGAAGCAGUGGAGGAGCGAGCUGCCGCCCGAGGUGGUCAAGCAGAUGGAGGAGCGCAGGGACUCCAUGCUGGAAACGGCCUCGCAGUGCUUCCAGGGCGCGUCUCGCUGCGAGGGCGAUGCCGAGGAGGAGGAAUGGCUCAUCCACUACAUGCUGGGCAAGAUCGCUGAGAAGCACCGACGGCCGCCGCGGGAAUACCUGCUGCUCUACAAGCAGGCCGCCCACUACCUGCACGAGGAGGCAGCUCGCUACCCGCGUAAGAUUCACUACCACAACCCUCCCGAGCUGGCCAUGGAGGCCCUGGAGCUCCACUUCCGGAUCAGCGCCACCAUCCUGAAGCUGCUGGAGUCCCCCCCCCCCGGCGCCGACACCCAGAUGGACCAUGAGCUCUUCUUCAGCAUCCUGGCGGAGGCUGCCUGUGGACCCUUCGCCCGCGGGGAAGAGAAGCACAUGCCGAAGUCCAGCGAGAAGGAGAAGGCUUCAUCUGUCAAUGACGACGACUCUCACUCCUCAUCGGCGGGCGUGGCCUUGGGCCUCGGGACGCACCCCCCCUCCAGCGGGCCAGGUCUGACAUCCCCACCGUACACGGCCGCCCCGGUCGACCACGAUUACGCCAAACGUAAAGCCCUUCAGCAGCAGCAGUGGCAGCAGCAGCAGGGGCAGCAGCAGCAGGACCAGCCGCAGGCCGAUGAGCGUAGCCAGGACAGCGUGACGGUGAUGCUGUCCGACUCCAGCUCCACCCAGGACCCUUUCCCCGAUCCCGCCAGCUCUCAGGACAGCAGCCACAAGGUACAUGCUGGGAAGGUGGCUGCUCCCCCAGCAGAGCAGGCCGCUCCCCUGAAGCAGGCUGAGCCACUACCGGAGGCCCCUCAAGGGCCUCCGCAGGAACCCCCCUAUGAGACUGGGGCCUCCAGCCUCCCACAAGAAGAGCAGAGCGUGCAGGACACGCUGGACACCUUGCAGCUGACACCGGCUGACAUGAUGGCACCGGAGCAACCAGCCGCAGACCCAUCCCCCCAGCCACCCACAACUCCCCCGCCCAAAGUGGCGCUGUCCCCGGGGAUGCUGCCCCAGACCCCCGUCGGCGAGGCUAAGCGGAAGACCGAGUCUGGGGCUGAAACGCCAGUGGUAUCGGCCCCAGGGUCUGACGUCCCCGGGACGCUGCCUGCCUCCCCUGAGGAACAGCACCGCCUGCUGGUGGAGAUGUGCGUACGCGCUCUCUUCCUCUGCCUGGGCCGAUUCCCUCAGCACUACAAGAGCCUGUACCGACUGGCCUACCUCUACGCCAAGGGCAACAGUCACCGGAACCUGCAGUGGGCUCGGGACGUGUUGCUAGGAAGCAGUGUCCCAUGGCAACAGCUGAAGCACAUGCCAGCACAGGGGCUGUUCUGCGAGAGGAACAAGACCAAUCUGUUCAACGGCGUCUGGCGUAUCCCGGUGGAUGAGAUUGAUCGGCCCGGCAGCUUCGCCUCUCACAUGAACCGCUCCAUCGUGCUUCUGCUGGACGUUCUGUCUGAGCUCAAGGACCGGGACACCCUGCUGAAGGUCUCCUGCAUGCUCCAGAGGACCCCGGAACAGGGAAAGAAGUAUCUGCGGGAUGUGGACCGACAGGUUUUGGCCAAGCGAGCGUUUUUCUUAACCGUGAAAGUACUGGAGGAUAAUCUGAACAAACUCACUGGGGUAUCAGAGCCUUCCCUCAGUGGGGGGGACAUGACCACCACUGACACGCCCCCGAGGCCCAGCGCCGAAGACGGCAAGCGGGCGGCCCCCAGCAAGCCUGGCACGGAGGCCAGGCAGCCCGAGGCCCCCCAGGAGCGCCCCCCACCGCAGGCUAUGGACACAGCAGAGCGGCGGGAGGAGCCCAUGGAGUUGGAGGGUGGGACCUGGGAGGGCGGCGGGGGUGCGCGGCCCCUAGAAAGGGCCCCCCCGGAGCUGUCCCUGGAGGAGCUCAGCAUCAGCUCCCGCCAGCAGCAGCAGCACACCGGGGGGGUUAAGCGGCCAGCUUCCCUCAGUCCCCCCGAGGCCGGCGAGCAGCAGCGCAGGCCCAGUCGCAAGCGGAAGCUUCUGGAAGAUGUGGAGACGGGCAAGACGCUGCUGCUGGACGCCUACAGGGUGUGGCAGCAGGGCCAGAAGGUCAUGACCUACGACCUGGGCCGCAUCGAGAAGAUCAUGUCAGAGACGUACAUGCUCAUGAAACAGGUCGAUGAAGAAGCAGCACUGGAUCAGGCUGUGAAGUUCUGCCAGGUCCAGCUGGCCACAUCCGCACAGAGACAGUGCAGCAGUGACACGCCCACCACACCCAAGCCCACGAAAGAGCACCGUGACAUCUUCUUCCCCUCCUCGCUGCCUAACUCGGCCCCACAGCCACCAGACAGCUCCGCCCCCCAGGGUCCACCCAGCGGGCCCCCGGACCAGUCGCAGCUCCGGAAGCAGUCGGCUGCCCAGGCAGCUGGCAUGGCCUUCCUACCCCAGUCAGAGGAACGGGAGGAGCUCCUGGAGGGCUUGGGGUUCAGGCAGCAAGAGAGCCGGCUGUGUCAGCAGAUGAAGAUGGCCACUGUGUCGCCGGGCCAGGAGGCGUCAGGCUGGCUGAGCGAGGAGGCGGCGUCCUGCAGCACUACGCAGCCGCUCUGCUCCGUGCCCGCGGGAUCAUCCCUAAGCUCGCCCACCGACACGACCGGUUCCAGGCAGUCGGACGCCGCCCGCGUCCGUUCCCGUGUCCCGCCCCACGUGCCAAAGCUCUUCAUCCCAUCCACGGUCACCAAAUUCCCACCCGAGAUCACGGUGACCCCGCCCACACCCACCCUGCUCUCGCCCAAGGGGAGCAUCUCCGAGGAGACCAAGCAGAAGCUCAAGAACGUCAUCCUGUCCUCCCAGUCAGCGGCGAACGUGAAGAAGGAGACGCUGUGCCAGCCGGCGCUGGAGGUGCAGGAGACGUCCAGCCAGGAGUCGUCGCUGGAGAGCGACACCGAUGAGGAAGAGGACUACAUGGACAUCUGAUGUGGGAGACAGCUGUCCCCCAUGCUGUGGGGGCGGG